CCCGUAGCCAAGACAUUCCUGCCCGCCGACUGUACACUUGUGGCAGUGGGGAUAGGAGCGGUCACAGCGGAGGCGGCGGCGGCGACAGUUGUGACAUGGCUUCGUCGGUGCGUUGAGCAUCUCGAUGCGGGACAUUGCAGCUGGUUGCAGGUAACCGCAGGUGCGGCUCUCAAGGUGCGCGUCAGCGCGAGUGCGAGAGUGGGCGGCCGGCGAUGCGGGCGUGUGCGCGGUAUCCAGACUCUAGACUCUGGAGUGAGGUAAUCUCGAGUCUCGGCGGGCGGUGGUGGGUAAGGUUCCCGGCGUCUCCCCAAGGGUCCAAAGGCGCAAGCUCGAGUCCAGAAACGGAAGUAAGCUGUCUUUGUGGUAACGAUAACGUAAAACGGACAGGGUCAGACAAAGCUUGAUUUACUCAAUGGGCGUUGCGCGGUUGUCGAGGCGGCUCGUGAGAGGAUUUUGAUGGUGGUUUCUAUGGGAAGCGGUGGUUGUGACCGGGUAGUGGUUCGGUUGACGCAGAUACUGCCUCAAAGGAGAAAAGAAGCGUCAAGACAUGCAUGACAAGCAGAUCCAAGAUUGGUAAUCGGAGGGGUCCUGUUGUAGACGCGGGGAUGGAUGGUAGGCCGCAGAAUGACAGAUGAGCGUCAGAGAGGGCUUGUUUGCGCCAGUUUGGAGGGGGAGGCAAGAUCAGAUUGGGCGAAGAUUAGGAGGGUUGGCAGAUAAGGUGGGUGACGUUGAGUGACAGUUUCAUGCGGAGGAUGGAGAUUCCGAGACUCCAGUAAUCCGGCCCUGUAGAUAGUAGAAAAUGCGAUUGGAAAUGUUAUGGCGGU